AUGAUUGCCUCAUCCUGGCUCAAGCAGUCAAUCAUCACCGUCCUCUGCGUUCUGGGGAUCCCCUCGUACCUCUCCGCACCAAAACCCAUCUCAGUGCACCUUGAAGGACAGUCGAGCAUCGCUGUGCCUGCCAACCGGGCCAUCAUCUCCCUGCGUAUAAAUGCCGAAGGGCCCAAGCAGGACAAGGUUGCCGAUGAAGUCCGCAAGACCGCUGACGACGUCCUGGCCACACUCAGACCUCUCGCUCAACUGCAAGCGCCCCAGCUCCCGACAGUCAACGCCACGACCGCCAAUGACGACAUACAAUAUCAGCCGCCCAUCGUCGACCUCUCGGUGACCACCUUCCGCAGCUACUCAUGGCAAAAACCUGGCUCGCUGCUCUCCCGCGAGACGCCGCAGUAUCAAGCGAGCGUCGAGAUCGAGGCCGAGUUCCGAGACUUCGAACCCUUGGGAAUCCUCUUGGCGCAAGUCUCCAAGACGCCGGCGGCAACGGUCCAGUCCCUGAAAUGGACGCUCGACGACGUGACCAAGAAGAGGCUAUUUUCCAAAUGCCGCUCCGAGGCCAUGGUGGAUGCCCUGGACAAAGUCCGCGCAUACGUCCAGCCCCUGGGCAUGGACAAGGUCCGCGCCAUCAAAGUCACCGAGAGCCAUCGACUGAGCCGCCCUGUGGUAUGGGGGGACGUCGGCGGGUUGCGGUUCCAACGUGAUGAGCUAGACUACAAGACGCAGAUGGAGGAGCCAGAGAUUGCGACGGAGAGAUUUGGGCUGGAGCCCGGAACGUUGGAGAUCGUCGCGCAGAUUGAAGGUGAGUUCUGCGCCUGGAAGACCGGUCUGGAGGCCUGGUUUAGGCGAGGCGGCGUCUGA